UAGAUUCAAGAAAUUCCGUGUCUCGUAUGCGUUAUGCUUCACUAAUCACAAUGCUCUAAACAAUUGCUUUGCCCCUCUCUCUCUCUCUCUCUCUCUCUCUCUCUCUCGCUCUGUCUCUGAUUCUUUUCUUCUUCUUUUUCUUUGUCUCUGAAGUUUCCUGUCUCAAUCAUUCUCUCCAAAAUCCUGUUUCCUAGCUCUGGUUUUCUAGCUUUCAUUUUCCAACGCCGGAUAUAGGCUUUUCAUAUCUCUACUUAUGGCAUCUACUCCGUUGAACAAGAUCGAUACGGCUCACCAGAUGUACAGAGACGGAAAGUACGAGCAAGCGCUUGGCUUUUACACACAGGCACUUUGCAUGGCCAAAACCAAGGCCCAGAAGAUCGCUUUGCAUAGUAACAGAGCUGCUUGUUUUUUGAAAUUGCACGAUUUCAAAAAGGCAGCUGAAGAGUGUACAUCGGUGCUCGAGCUUGAUCACAAGCACGCUGGAGCAUUGAUGUUGCGGGCGCAAACACUGGUCACCCUCAAGGAGUACCACUCAGCCCUCUUUGAUGUCAACAGGCUUAUGGAGUUGAACCCUUCAUCAGAAGUUUAUCUAAAUCUUGAAGCUCGGUUGAGGACACAAUUGUCUCUGGCUCCAAUACCUGAAUCUGAAGCUGAGUUGGAAGAAGAGGAAGAAAAAGAUGAAGCAGAACCAUGUAGACACAAGGAAGAACAAGAUGGAGAAGAAGAUGCAGCUAUGGCAAUAGCAAGAACUAAUCAGCAAACUGAACCUUGUACAACUACUGUUAAUACUGAAGUUGUUGUGCCUAAAAUAUCAAAGAACAAUGGGUCUUCUGAAAUAAGUAGAGAGAAAAAGUUUGAGCCUAGAAAGACCAUUGCUGCUGAAGUUAUUGCCCAAGCACAGCGGAAAGUUGAGCCUAGAAAGACUCUUGCUGCUGAAGUUAUAGCUCAAGCACAGAGGAAGAAGGAAUCACCUGACCAACAUUCCAAAGGAUGGCAAGCAAUUCCAAAACCAAAGGGCCACUCUGCUUUGGAUUAUGCUCGUUGGGACAGAGUUGAGGAUGACUCAGGUGAAGAUGAUGAUGAUGAAGACGAUGAAGAGUCUCUGCCUCAGUAUCGGUUCCGUGUAAGAACUGUUGGGGUACGAUCAGUGAAGUGAAAUGAGAUGCGCAGAUUAUUGACAUAAAUGGCUGAACUUAUCAAUCACAAUGACAAAUUGAAGUACUCACUGGUUGGAAAGUUGAGGUUGGAAAAUCUCUGAUAGAUGUCACAUGCAUUAAGCUGGGAACUGAUGGCCAGAUGAUCAUUCUAACUGUGAAAAUUUGGAAGGAUGGAUUUUAUGUCCUGGACUUGAGCAAGUUUUGGUUUUCCAACAUCUCUCUCACUGUGGCUUUCUUAUGAUAUGUUGCUAAAUGAUGACAUUUGUGAACCGAGGACUGAUGAACGGAUGAUCUUUUUAGCUGGGAAAAUUGGGAAGAAUGGAUUUUGUAUCAUAGACUCGAGCAAGUUUUGCUGUUUCAACAUCUUUCUCGCUAUGGCUUUUUCUCAUGCUAUGUUACUAAAUGAAGACGACAAGUAUCAACUGUACCCCAAUGGAUAGAACCUGAGGUUUAGGUAAUUAUUGUUAUUGGCGAUGUAAUUGCAUCCCUGCCUUUAUAAAUAAUGACACAGUCGGAACGUUUCUUCUAGUCACCAUUGAUGGAAGGGCAAGGCGUGCUAAAGUGCAAACCUAUCUUUGUAGGACUUGCUUGCUAGAGGAAAUUUGUAAGUUUCAAACCCUUACUUCUUAACAGACUAACAAGUCCGUGUUGGUUCAUGUGUAAUCAACAAUUUGUUUUGUUUAUUAAUUACAAUCUUGAAAGAUCAAUUUACAAAAAUCUAAGCUUUAGCUUUCA